AUGUUGCCCCUCGGCUUGCUCAACGCCGCUCAAGGCCACCCCAUGCUCGUCGAGCUCAAGAACGGCGAGACCCUCAACGGACACCUCGUCCAGUGCGACACGUGGAUGAACCUCACCCUCAAGGAGGUGGUCCAGACGAGCCCGGAGGGCGACAAGUUUGUGAGGUUAAAGGAGGCCUACGUCAAGGGCAACAAUAUCAAGUACCUGCGCGUGCCCCCCGAGAUCAUCGACAAGGUCAGCGAGUCGCAAAAGGGCGGCCAGGGAGGCUUCCGCGGCGGCCGGGGAGGUGGCCAGUCAAGAGGCGACCACGGCGGUCGCGGAGGCGGUGACCGCGGGAGGGGAGGGCGUGGAGGCGGCGGCGGUGGUGGUCGGGGUCGCGGCAGAGGCCGCGGUCAAUGA